UGAACAAGCCCACCAAUUUUCUUCCACCACCCCAUUAACAACACCGCUUCACACAAUGCCCCCCAAGAGGAAGGAUUUCUUGAAACUGAACCCAAAAGCGAAAGCGAAGGCUCAAGAACCGCAGUCCGAGAAUGACUUCCUUGAGGCGGCGGACGAAUUCGAACAAGCAGCCGGAAAAUGGAGAGCUGGGGACGCUGCAAAGGCCACACGAUUCUACAAUCGAGCCAUCGAUAUGUAUAACGUUGGACUUCGGCGGUAUCCAAGUUCCUUCGAUCUAUCAUAUAACAAAGCUAAUCUAGAGUACAAAAUGAGCGAGGAUGAGAGAAUCGCCGCCUUACUCGGCAACAAAGUCGAUCUUCUUGAAGAGACAUUGCGAUCUCAUCGGACCGCCAUCGCAUUGAACCCGGACAAUACUGAUGUCCUGUUUAAUACCGGCCAAGUCCUUACCUCCCUGGCGGAAGCCCUCCUUGAAAGUAGAACCCAAGAGAUAAUGAAAGCAUCUGCAAUAACCCUCCUAGAGGAAGCCAUAAAUGUGUUCGCCAAAUGCCUCGCAAGCCAGCAACAUGAAUACGAGGAGAUUCAAAUUGAGAUCGCUAGGGCGCAAGCAUCGCAAGAGCCUCAAGAUAGCCUUGAUACACCAGGACAUAUUGUUGAUGAAACUACAAAACAAGAGUCUAUGGAAAUGUCGUCCACCUCGAGCGACGGGCCAGGAGAAUGGGCUACGGUCGUUGAGCCAGUCACGCCAGAGGCAAUCCUUGAGACUUGUAUUGCUUAUUUGGAAACCUUAAGCAUUCUUAUCGGCCUUUAUGGUCCCUCAGAAUUGGCACACAUAGAGCAGCGGGCGCAGACAGGAUUAGAGACAGCCAACAUCAAGAUCCCGGCUCUAAUUGGCCUCCUUCAGAUCUCUCCCAAGACUAUAGAGGAGCCCGUGCCAGGGCCUACCUUAUCAAUCGCAUCUCAAUCCGCAGUAGAAGAACCCAAGUCCUCCCCAAAGGAUGACGCAAGUCUUGCCGCAGCAAAAUUUCGGGCCAACGUCGCUGAGGUAUCAUACCGCACUGGUCAGACCACAAUCAUUCAAUAUGCCGGGCAAAUCGAGCAGAUUUUUGCCCCGUUGAUUGAGCCCCUGCAUAGCAACACUGGGCUUGAUCCGGGGCUCGUGAAUUCGCUCUCCGUCUACGCAGACACGCUGAUGGAUCUUGCCUCUGCCAUUUCUGACAGCUCCCAACACUCCGAUGAAUCCUCUACACACCUCGCAGACUACGAUUCCCAAUGGGCGGCUCUGACACAAGCCCAGACUAUCCUGACGCAAAUCUCCAGUGGAACGGCUACAUCAUCCCUUUCCCCGUCACGGCUAGCGGACAUCUUCCUCGCUCGUGGCGAUGCCGACCUUUUUCGGUUCCGAAUAUCCCUUCUUGACAUUGCGAAGCCAGCAUGGGCGAAAAGCAAAAUGGUACUAGUUUCCAAUGCAGGAGUGUACUAUCGUGGUGCGAGAAUGUACGCGGAGAAAGCGGAUGAUCUCAAAGUCCAUAAGGCAGCUGAUGCUAAGGCGACUAUAGCCGAGUUACUUAAAGAGGCGGCGAAUGGAUCAAACAUGAGAAAAUUGGAUUGGAAAAGUAGAGGCGAAGAGGUGGUACGAAUGCUUGAGCAGAUGAUUGAGGAGGGCAUUGUAGGAAAGGAGAACGCAGAGGGAGUCAUGAGAUAUAUAGAAUAAGGCGUCCAUGAGCACAAGCAACUCUAGCUGAAGAAGAGCGUAGUAACCUUCGAUUACCUUCUCCUAGGUAAAAAUGCGAUGAAAAUCCACCCUCUCCUAAAGUUUACCAUCCCCUAUGGUCCGAUAGUUUUCAUGUUAAUUUCUCCGGUUCCUUGCCGUUAUUUUGGUUCGGGUUUAUAGAUUUCUUCUCGGGUAGAUUUUUCGCAGUGAAUUAGAAUACGGAAAACCUAUAGAUGAUGUGGGCAGAUCGUGG